CGCAGUCCCUGCUAGGCUAGUCCGCCCGCGCAUGCCCGGAAUGGACCCGGCGGGGCCGUUGAAGCUCGCGCCACCCCGCGCGCAGUUGAUUAUCAUACGUCAUCAACCGCUCAAGUCCGGAUGUAAAUGGUUGUCGCCGUGUCAGUCCUCGCCUCAGGACGGUGGCCGGCUCGGGUACCUUGUCUGGUGCUGGCGGAAUCGCAGUGUUGAAUGGCCCAUCAGGAAGGCCGGGGGAAAAACACACACAAAAUAACGGCGGGUGGCGUAAAGCUCCACGUGUAGCCCAGACUGAGCCGCCUUGGCUGCUAUUUCGUCCUCAUCCUCGUCCUUGUCCGUUCAGUAAGGGAGCCUGCGGACGCGGGGUGCGAUGAGACAAGAUUUUAAUGAAAUUGCUGAGCCUGAGGUGAUCAAUUGCCCGAAGUGUACAAAGAGGAAAAUACAUUUAUGGAACCAAAUCUUCAGGAAACCUGUGAGGCUGAUACAGAAGAAGCACAAAAAAAAGUUGCGUCCCUAGAAACUUCACAAAGUUCUACAGACAGCACUUCUCAUGUGAAUAUCAAUGGACUGGAACCUUCAUCCAGUGCUUUUGAAUUGGGGAUCCCUGAUGAGAACAGUAUACAUUUGGGAAAAAGCUGUAUGGGUACUUCUGGUAUUACAGAAAGAGGCUGCAAGCGCUUAAAAAUAGCAGGCAAUACAAAUAAGGAUACUUCGCCUGAACCUGAAAUAACCAAAUAUGUUGCUAAAUCAUUGCUUGCUCUUAAGACAUCAGUGCAGCCCCUCAUGGGUGACGUAAAGCAAAGUCCACAAAAGGUCUCUGAAACCAUUUUACAGCAAAGCAAUAAACGAGAAAGAUGCAAAUCUGUACACCACUCUUUUGAACAUGCUCAUUCCACAAUGGUUAAGGGUACUGUGAUGCAAGCAGAAAUCUCUUCAAAUGAUACCAAUCUCCUAUCUAAGACUCUACUGGUUUCACAGCAAGAUACUUGUCAGACAGAAAGGCAUUCAAGAAAAGGCCAGCUGACUGAUCAUUUAAAAUGUUCUGCUGCGGACAAGAAUAGUGCAGCUCAAAAUGAAUUGGAACUUGAAUCUCAUUUAACUCCUGAGACAUUACCUUUACAACAAAAUAUUGGCAAAAAAAGGGGGAGAUGCAAAAAAGCUCAAAGUAACCUGAUGAGUAGUCCAGCAGUAGAUCUCAGUAAUCUUUCUACCAAUGGUGGUUCCAGUGAAGUAGAUUCAGUUCCAGGAUUAGUUCCAGUGAAAAUCCCCAAGAAACCAGGAAGAAAACCUAAAAGUGCCAUGGUUGUACCUGUGAAAGAAAUUCUCAGUCAUAGUAACAUUGAAAAUGGAGGUGAGAGAGAAGUGGGAGGUCCUCAACAAGUGGAGAUUAUAAAGAAACAAAGAAGGAAACCCAAGAAUGCAAAAGCAGUGCCUGUGGAAGAAGCAGUGCCUCAAACUCCAUCAAUAGAGAAUUGUACAAGUAUUGAGAAUGGUGCUGACAAUGAGAUGGGAAUGCAUGAAUUAAUAAAGAUCCCAAAGAAGCGAGGAAGAAAACCCAAGAAUGUAAAAGCAGUGCCUGUUGAAGGAGUAAAUCUGCAAAUACCAUCAACAGGGAGUUGUAAUAAUGCUGGGAGUGGAAGUGACAGUGAAAUGGGAGUGACUCAACCAGUGAAGAUCCCGAAAAAACGAGGAAGAAAACCUAAGAAUGCAAAACCAGUAUCUUCUGAAGGAGUUGUGCUGCAAAUUCCAUCAACAGACGUGUGCACUGAUACUGAGAAUGGCGAAGCCAGUGAGAGAAGAAUGCCUGAACCAGUGAAGAUUCCGAAGAAACGGGGAAGAAAGCCUAAAAGUGAAAUGGUGGCCCCAGAAGAGAACACAGAUACUCAUGGACUAUUGAAGCCAAUUGUACAAAAAUUAUUGGAGCAAAGGGAUGCAGGUGAAGAACUAGAAGCAAGUGGACGGCCAAAGAGAAGGGCAGCCAGAGCUGCCUUGCUUUACCUGCGUGAAAUAGUUGAGGAGAUAAAAUCACCUUCUUAUAAAGUUGAUGACGUGACUGCCAGUACAAAUAGUGAACCAGACCAAUCUCAGCAUAAGUCGCCAUCUGAGCUUCAGUCCUCCCCUACACAAAGAAGAGGAAAGAGGAAGAAAAAAUCCAGUGAUGAUGAUGUCUUUGAUGACUUGUCAGAUGACAAAGAUUUUGUGGUUUCUGAUGGAGUAACUGAUGAUGAAGAAGAAGAACUUAGUGAAGUUGAUGUACCUGGUGAUAUCUCUGAGUCUGAUCUGGAUGACCCUUACAAUGAGGAAUAUCAAAAACCCAGAAAGGUUCCAACAAACAAGCAAUCUCGCAAUGCAAAACGGCGAUUAUAUGGAAAUUUCGCAAAUGGCCUACCUAACAAUAUAAUGGUACCAGUAUGGGAAGCCACAACAAUUACAAUAAAGCAUCGAGAGGAGCAUCACUCCCCUUGGGUAUUUCCAGAUUGGAUUCCUUCAUCACAGGACUGGAGUUUUCUUUCUCAAAGUGAAUCACUUAAAUAUUUGCCAAGUGAAACAAAUUCACCAUCUUUUAAAAUUAAAAGGGAGGGACUUCGAGAGGACCUCACAAUUCACAACCUGAGCAGAUUCCAGUCAUUACCUGCUCACAAAGAACGCUGGGAUGUAAACUUUUUUGUAGGUGGCCCAGUAUGGUGUCUGGAAUGGUGUCCAACUCCAGAGGGUUCAGCUGCCUGUCAGUAUGCUGCCAUUUAUUGCAACAAAGGAAUGGACGAUAGACAUAAACUGAUGUGCCAGCACGUAGAGCCAACAUUGCUUCAGAUAUGGCAAUUGGGUGAUCUCCAGCAGGAAAAAUGCCCUCAAAUGAAUGCUGCUUUGGCUUAUGGUAUUGCAACAGAUUAUGGAUGUGUGUGGGAUAUGAAGUGGUGUCCCAGUGGAACUUGGGAACUGCCAGAAACCGCUAGAAAGCUUCCUCAGAUGGCAAGACUUGGUAUCCUUGCAGCUGCAUUUUCCUCUGGAAAAGUUGUUGUCUACAGUUUGCCACAUCCAGAAUUCCUAAAUAUGUAUAAAAUGAAACUUUUAAAAGCUUCAUCUGUACAAGGACCAAUCAUAUGCAAGGUGCAAUGUACUGUAAUUCUGGAAAUUGGAUCCAUUCAGUAUAGUGGGUCUUCACAAUGUGGACAAUGUUUCUGCCUUGACUGGAUGCCUUCUGAGGAACAUCAGUGCUUGGCAGCAGGUUUUUAUGAUGGUACAGUUGCUCUCUGGAAUCUGAAUACAAAAUCAUUACUGUUACGAGUCCAGCAAGGUGACGGAAGUUUGAAAAUCUAUCCUUUCCAUUCCUUUGUUGCACAUGACCAUGCUGUCAAGGCCAUUGCUUGGAGUAAAGCCCACAGCAAUUUUCUAGUGACUGCUAGCCCUGACAGGAAAAUCAAGUUUUGGGAUCUCAGGAGAACAUACCAACCUGUCAAUGAUAUCAAGCGAUACUUAAACACUGAAGUUGCUUGGUUGUUGCCCUGGUGUGGAGUUAUGGUGGCACAAGAAAAUUGCUAUGCAGCGUUUGGCCUCAGUGGAAUUCACUAUUUGGAUGCUGGUUUUCUUGGAUUUAAGCCUUAUUUUGCUGCUCCAAGAACAGGAACUGUGUGGAGUAUUUCUGGGUCUGAUUGGCUAAAUACCUGUGUGUCAGGAGACAAUACAGGAGAAGUGAUAGCUGUGAUCCUUCCAGACUGUAUGAACAAUACCAUGAAUAUCAAGCGACCUAAUGAGCGUCGAUUUCCUAUUUAUAAAGCUGACCUCGUUGAUCACAAUGCUGUCAGCAGCAUUUCAAGUGCCAGUCCAAAUCAAGAAGUGAAGGAGGCCAAGAUCCAAAAAAAAUCUUCAGCAAAGGAGAAAGAAGAUUUAAAUUCCAGCUGUAUCCCUGAACCAAAGACUUAUAGUGAGACAGUGAAGAAAUAUUACCUGAUGUUUGAUGACACUGAUCUGAGGAGUUUCAAGAACUUGUUUUCCAGAGGACCUUUUAAGAGAAUGCAAACAGUAGACAAAGGGAAAACAUAUCCUGACAGAAUGCCACUGGAAUCUGUAUACAAGGUCCGUUUCAAUCCCAAUCUGGAUGCCCAUGGAUGGGUUCUCUCUGCUGGGCAAUCCGGCAUUGUUCGAGCCCACUGUGUACGGAGCCUUAACACACAUGUCAGCAGGAAGUUGAUCAAGGAAUACCAAGCACAAUUCAGUUCUAUGUUCCAGCCUGCAGUAACAACCAACUGAAAAGUCCCAUUUUCUCUAACAUCAUGCACAGUGUAGAAACAGUGAUGCAAACAAUAAUAUGAAGCCAUCACUCUUGUAUUGACGUACCACCACUUUGAGUUUUCCAAGCAACAAAUGCAAUUGUGACAUUGCUCUCACCUACUGGGUCCUGCCGGGGCACAAUAACUGAAUGAGGCACAGCUAUGCCCAUCUGCCAGGUUCAGCUGUGUAUGUUUUUCUAAAGUCUGUUGUAUAGAAUAAUGUCUUAUUUAAAUGUAUUACUGGAGUUCAAUCUAAUGAAUCAGACACAUGGGGUAGAAAUUUGUCUUUGAUUGCAGAUGCCAAAUUGGUGCAAUGAUAACAGCCACUAUUUGUACUCUCCCCACCAAUAUGUGACGCUGUUGGCUUCAGUGGAUCUGAAUAUUGAGAGGGGAUUACAGGUGGCCAAUGUUAUAGUCCCUGUUUAGCAUUGCUGACCAAAACUCAAAUUCUGCCACCAAUUUUUCAAAUGAAAUAAUCAAAAAGUUUCACUUUGGUUGUGAUGGUUUUCCUGAAUCUUAUUUAGAUGUUGUGGGUGAGGAGUAGCAUUGGCCUUUUAUUAAGCAAAAAAGCUUUGAGACAAACAUGGUCUAUAUGAACGUGUCUGAUUUCACAGGAUUGACAGGUUUUUAGCUGCUAGGAACAAUUUUACAAAACCAGUGUUGUUAAAAUCAUGAAAUGUCAUGCAAUUAUUUUUGCAAGCAGUUUUUGUUUGAGAGAUUGAACUGGGAACAGUUAUCCUCGGUUUUUUGCCAUCUGGCAUUAGCUAAGCACCCUCCCUUUAUUAAGCCAGCAUUUGGGUUAUAUGAUAGAAAAUCAUAACAUCUUUGGAUGAAAAUGGCUAAGUUUUAUCUAAGAAUUGGUUUUGUGGUUGGUGGCUAAUUUGAGGCGGGUAAAAACAGGUCAGGUUUAUCUUUAAGAGAAAAAUAACCAGAUCAUCUUUUAAAAAAAAGCUAUUGGAAGGACUGAUUUAACUUUUUAGUCUAUGUACAGUAAAUAGUCCAGGAUUUUAUAAUUAUACAUGUAAAGCAAAAUUUAUUUUUGCAUGGCAAUAACUUUAUUCCUGGCCUUAACUAUAAUUAGCUGUUUAAAGUGAGUGAGUUUGCAGGAAUCUUGAAAAUUUGACGCACCCUCAUUCUAUAACUCUGCUAUCUCCCUGGUACAGUGAAAUUGGAGAGGGAUUGGUAUCACACUGGAUGAAUCCACAAAGUUCCCUUUCAUUUUGGACCGAAGUGUAAUUUUCCCCAGAUCGCAUUGCUUUUCCCCUUGUAGAUCUUUAGUCCCAAGUCUGUCUGCUGCUGAAGUUUGUGACCUGUGGAACAUGCUAGUGAAGAGCCACAUUAGGUGACAACGUAAAUCAUUAUUCAUAGAAGUAUGACAUUUAGCAAGGAAUUCCCUUUUUAGCAACUGACUCCCUUUUAUAUUUUGAACAACAUUUCAUGAUUUUUUAACAUGGCUAUUUGUAAAACAGGCAAUGGUCAAUUUGCUCACAAUGAGCAUUGCUGUCAUUUCCAUACUGCUUUUUCCAAGUUAAAUAAUGCACUAUGUGUAACAUUUGGCUUUUUUGGCUGUGAACCUUUCUAAGGAAUGCUUUGAACAGUUCAUGCUUUCCCUUUUUCCAUCCACAACCCCCUCCCCUCCCCAAAAAAGAUUCUGUAAAAUUGAUUCAGAAUUUGUAGUUUUUCAAUUUGUCUUGUACAAGUGAUGUUUGUUUUAUAAUAAUUAUAAUACAACCAGUGGUAUAAUUACCUUUUUAAUUUCUCUUGGAUUUCUGUUUUAUGUUGUGUGUAUUUCAUUUAUUUGCUGCUGCAUGUAGGUUGGGCAUUCAAAGAUCUGUAAAUCUGAACCUUGCUGAUGUAGUUGGAUGCACCUUGUUAUACAACUACCUCAAAGACAAAACAAUAGACUUUCUGUAAAGUUUCGUUGCCGCUUUGUUGUGAACAGUCAAUGCAGAGCUAGCGAACUACAUAAUGUCAGUAUAUUGUACUGUUCAAUUGUUUCACAGUGCUACCUUUAACCCAGUUCAGACAUUGCUUUCCAUGUGCAUUUAUGACAUAUUUGCACACAGGAGUUGUGUUGAAUAAAUGGAAUAGCCUUUACCAUUUUAUGGCUGAAAUACAUCAUUCCUACAUCUCUUGCACAAAAAUUCCCUGCUAUAUUGAAAUUCUAAAUUCCCUAUGGCCAGCAAGAAUUUUAAUGACUGCCUCUCCUGCUGCGGCAAAAUCAGAACCUAGUCAUCUUUUAUUGUAGGUUCAGAAGUUAAUACUGAUAUUGGCAUCUUCAAAUCUGAUGCAUCUCAGCUGCUUUUUCUCAGUGUAAAGUAUAUGAAAUUUAAAAUUGCUCUAUUUUUGAAGGUACUGCCUAACCUAGUGAAGUGACUCUGUUUGGAUGUGUAAUGCCAUGUAACAUUUUAGCCUUAUAUGGACCCUACAACAAAAGAAUAUUUGGCUUCAUUCCUGUGUGAAAACCAUUGUAAGAGGGAGAGAAAGCACUGUUAAAAUGUAGCAUGUUCAGAGGCAGUCCGGUGGCCUGGAUGUUUCCAUACCAGUGCUUUGUCCCCAGGUGUUGUAUCUCUUAUAUUCAUGAUUUGAUUUCUUCAUCUUUUGAUCUUUAUAGGAAAUGUAUUCAUGAUCUUCUGCAUUUUUGGUGCAUAUAAGUAAAUUAUUCUAAUGCAUUUCCUACAUUUUGCUUUUUUCUUUUACGUCUGGCCAAGAUUACAGGAAAGUAGUUUGUUCCCAGAUCUCUGUCAAUGCUGCCAUGAAAUCAGUCACUAAUUUCUAAUAAGUGAUGACACAGAGGGAUACUCCCCAUCAUUAUUCCAUAUGGGGACUGUCUUCCUUGAAUAAUAUAAAUGAAAUUUUUUUUGCUUGGCAAAUUGUAACUAAUAACCACAUUCUACUAUUCUGAGUACAGCAUAUUGAUAUGCUAACACACCAUUUCUAGGAUGUACUAAAAGUCUUGGUUUAGAUUAAUGUACAGUAUUUAGAUUAGUGCACUAUAUUUAUCUGCACUUCAAUUUUUAUAAAUCUCUUUUCCCAAUUAAGCCCUUAAUUCAGAAAACUACCUUGAAAGUUCAAUCAGCAAAAAUUCACUUUUCAACAUAGUAAUUCCAUUAGCUGUUGCAUUAAUGGAGCUUGUCUUGUUUAACUAUACUAUAAAGCGGUCUAAUUUCCCCUCCCUACACCAUUAUUUUUGAUUAAUCACAAAAAGAAUCCUACUUAUCUGAUAUGGCAGAGCUGCUUGAUGGAAAUGUAAGAUUUUUGUUUAAAAAAAAUUGCAUUCCAUGUUGCUCUUUCCCCCACCCAACAUGCUGCUACUUCUGUAUUUUGGUCAAACUCAAGACUUGUUUUCUUGUAGAUCUCCACUUGCAUAUAGCUUGCUUUUUUUUAAAAAAGAGUUCCCUGAAAAGUUUUAAAAUUGCAAUUCCACAGUUAUCAUCAUGUAACAUGGGUAAAUUUGAUUGCUCAAGGUGAAAAGUGGAAUAAAACUUGCCUUUACAACAUAGAUUUAAAACACUUGACAUACAGUUGCUGAUAAGAGUUUGUUAGAUAUUUUUCAGAAAUUAAAGCUGUGAAUGCAGUACAGAGAUUAAAAUGUUGCUUUUUGUUUUAAAAUGUUCAGGUUUUGUUUCACUAUUUUCUCUGAUCCAUUAUCUAUUUCUGUGCUCCAAUACUUCCCAGUUGCACCUUCAGGAAAGCCAUAGUCUGUGGUGCACUGAACUGUUGAGCAUUCAAGAUAGUUUAUAAUGUACCCAACUUUUGCAUUAUUGGGUAACUGACUUUGGAAUCAACCAAGAGAAUUUGGCUUUGUAAAAAUAAUCUGGGCAAUUGGUAGUUUUGUGGUGUAUGAUUUUCUACUCUGCUUCCGCAAAUCAUUCAUUAGUUUUGGAGGCAGAGAAGAACGUGCUAAGCCUAUUAUGCAGUUUAAUUAAAAUAAAAGCAGGGGUGAAUUUCUUGAUACUGAUCUCUUAAAUAUUUAUAUAUAAUUGUAAAAGUACCAAGUUAGUCCUAUAUGGAAAUCCAUGGGUAGUUAGCACAUGUCUCACUUGAAAACAUUUUAAUUUGGAAAGUCUGACACACUGUUCUCAUGUAGCAAUUUCCCAGAUUUUUAUUUUUGAUUCUAUAUGUUGCUAUACAUAAUUUCACAUGCUGAUUAUUGAUUUUCAACUGAUUGCCUUUGGCCAAUAUUUAGUCUUUGUAGCUGCCACCUUCAAAGGACCCAGUGAGUCCUUCACAUUGGUACGGUUUUGUUCUGUUCCAAGUAUUUAUAAUGAAGCAAGUCAUUUAAUAAAAUAAGUCUUGGAGAUACUAUAUUUAUUUAGAAAGAAGAGUUGUUGAUUUACUGCAAAAAUGGAUACCUUUACAGAAUAUUAUUACUUUCUGCUGACAUAUUGCCUGAUUCAGUAAACUUCUCUCCUGGCCACACAGUUCUGCAGUGCAACUUAUUUUUAAAAAAAGGAAAAUUCAUCUGAUAAGGGAAGGACAAAAUUUGGCAAGAAUUAUUAUUUUUCAUCAAUCAGUACAUUUUGUAAAAGGGAAAGAGGGCUUCUGGUUGGCUUGAGCCAAAGUAAAUGCCUUUUUACUAUUUCUUCAUUGAUUACUGAUCCAUGAGGAUGUUACCCAAGGUCAAUUUAUAUAACCAUUCCAAUUAAUUUUUCACCUUAAUGUCAUUAUGCUUGUUGUCAAUAUGUCUACCUGUACUUUAGUAAUUGGAGUAUGAUUAAUACCCUGAUAUUCUUGGGUUUCAAGUCUGAGUGGUAAUGUCCUUUUAUAUUAAAAUGUUACUUUGGUCCUAAAGUCAUAAUAUACAAUUAAAACAUUUUAAUUUUUUA